UUGGAAUUUCAAGUCCCUCUUCUUCCUCCUCCGGCGAGAUCCCUCUCUGAGACCUCAUUUUUGGAAUUUCAAGUUUUCUUUGUCGGAAGGGAACCUCUUUUCUUUCUUGUGAUUUUUAUUUAUUUAUAUUUUUUUUGUAUCUUUCACUCGUUUUUCACCUCAUUUUCGUUCUGUUACUAAAUCGAUCGAUCAUACUUGUAUUUAAUUUCCUCGAUUUUCAGGAGAGCGGAAUGGAGUCUCGGUUGUCUACGAAUGGGACCUUCUGUAAGGGCGAUAAAUCUUCGAUCGAUAUCGGAUAUGGCAGCAACGGGUGUUCCCAUUAUAGAAGGAGGUGUAAGAUCAGAGCACCUUGUUGCAAUGAGAUAUUUGAUUGCAGGCAUUGCCAUAACGAAGCUAAGAACUCGUUAGAUGUGGAUCCUCUCUUACGCCACGACAUUCCUCGCCAUGAUAUGAAAGCAGUCAUCUGUUCUUUGUGUGGCACGGAACAGGAUGUGCGACAACAUUGUAUUCAAUGUGGAGUUUGUAUGGGGAAGUACUUUUGCGCAAAGUGCAAGUUCUUCGAUGACGAUGUUUCAAAGAAGCAGUACCAUUGUAAUGAAUGUGGCAUUUGCAGGUCCAACCAUUUCCUGUAUCUUCUCUGUACUUUUAUAGUGGGAGGUGAGGAGAAUUUUUUCCAUUGCAACAAGUGUGGUUGUUGCUAUUCAAAACUGAUGGAGAACUCCCACAAUUGUGUGGAGAAGGCAAUGCACCACAACUGUCCUGUUUGUUUUGAGUUUCUUUUCGAUACAAUGAGAGACAUUUCCGUUCUCCCAUGUGGACACACUAUACAUUUAGAAUGUGUGAAGGAAAUGGAGCAACGCUUACAAUAUACAUGUCCUGUUUGCUCAAAAUCCUACUGCGACAUGUCGAGCGUGUGGGAGAAACUGGAUCACGAGGUCGCAUCGACGCCCAUGCCCCAAAUAUAUCAACAUAAAAUGGUUUGGAUCUUGUGCAAUGACUGGAUCUUGUGCAAUGACUGUAGUGAGAUAUCAGAGGUAAAUUAUCACAUUGUGGCACACAAGUGCCUCAACUGCAAGUCCUAUAAUACAAGACUGACCCAAGGUGGGCCCUCUUCAUGCUCUCCAAGGAUUGCUCAAAUGGUGAGAUGAGAUGACUGACUUCUACACAAAACCCGAUAGUAUCUUCGAGAUUCCCAUUCUCGAAAGAAGAUGCCUAAAACCUUAAUCCUGCAAUGCUUGCCCAUGCCAUGACACAUAUCAUGGGUAGCUCCCCCUUGUGCAACAGGAUUUAGGCGCAUUCAUUUAACUUUGAAGAAGAGAGAUGGUGACCUUUCACCAUUGCUCUCAGUUGCUGUUUCUUUCUUUGUAACCAUUAAUCAUUGUGGAAAUAAUGUAGUGUGUUUAUUCAGUUGGGCCCCCACUAUUAUGGAAGCAGGCUCCCAAUUUUAUUGUAUAUUCUAUAGCGAACAUCUAAAUUACAUUCGAUUCAAAUCUUUCACAUUCUAAAUAACAUAAUUUAGAACGAAAAAAAA